CUUUUCUAUGCACUGUUACAGCAAACAUAUCAUUAAUGGAUCAAUUUCAAUAGCAACAAUCUUCAACAAAAUGUGGAAACGAAAGUUAUCAAUUUUAAGUUGGUAUUGGAAUCUUCGUGAUACAAUAAUAGACCAUGACAUUCGACCACAGUUUGAAAAAGCAGCAACCAAGUAUCGGUAUAAUUCACUGACAAAAAAGGUUCAUCUGGAGCACGAUACAUUUCGUAAGACCUGGCAAGUAGCGUUAUCUGUCAGCCUCAUCAUGGUACUGGUACGUAAGACGAGUUCAUUCAUUUCUAGAUUUUUGUUGACGACAGUUACAGCAUGUUCGAUAUACUUUGGCGUUGUUCUUUUGAGAACAACAAUAACAAAUUUUUUGAGAAUCAGCCACAACCAAAUCCUUCGCUGGAACAGUUCAAUAAUAGCAAUUAUUAUUGCUUCAUUCUUAAAUUUGAUCUUCAUAUUGGCACUGGAGUUUGUAUAUCAAAAGCUAGCUGUAAUCUUGACUAAUUUAGAGAAUCCUAGAACACGUGCAGAGUAUAACAAGAGUUACACUAUAAAGAUCUAUAUUCUGUCAUUUAUUAAUUACUACUCUGCAUUAGUGUACGUAGCAUUCUUCAAAGGAAAGUUUUACACACAUCCUGGAGAUCAUGGACGCUGGAAUCUUAUGUCUGGAAUUGCUAUGCAGCAAUGUGAUCCAGCAGGAUGUUUAAGCGAACUUUCAAUACAGUUAGCAAUUAUUAUGUGUGGAAAGCAAGUAUUUAUGAAUAUUAUCGAAGUACUCGUUCCAAAGGUUCAACAUUGGUUCAGGGGAAAGAUUAACAAAUUUGAGGAUUUGCCACGUUGGGAAGAAGACUACCUGCUUCGGGAAAAUGGACAAUUCACUUUGUAUGCAGAGGUACAUGAAAUGGUGCUACAAUACGGAUUUGUAACUUUAUUCGUAUCAACAUUUCCUUUGGCACCAAUGUUCGCAUUGAUAAACAACAUAUUUGAAGUACGAAUUGAUGCACAGAAGAUGUUGUGUGACCUUAGAAGACCUUUUCCGCGUAGAGUGAGAAAUUUGGGUGCAUGGGAAGAUAUUUUACAAGGAGUGACCUACACCGCAGUUCUAUUUAAUGGUUUAAUUAUAGGAUUUACGAGUGAUUUCGUACCAAAAUUGCUGUAUAAGAUGGAACAUGGUAGCCUAACAGGCUAUGUAAAUGACUCACUGUCAAUAUUUGCAACUAAACAUUACAAAUCAACUUUAAAACCGGAUACGUGUCGAUAUGUCGGUUACCGCUAUCCACCUGAUCAUCCACUAGCAUACGAACUAACACCGCAGUACUGGUACAUAUUAUGUUGGCAAUUCAUAUUUCUCGCAAUAUUCGAGCAUUUCGUAUUUGGUAUAACGAAGUUUGUAUCCUACAUAGUGCCGAAUAUGCCACAAUACAUUAAAGAAAAAGUUCAAGCAGACCAAGAAUUUAUACGCACAUUAAGGGAUCGUACCACUGAAAAUGAAUAAUAUAUACUGUAAUCAAUAUUUAUAAAAAAAUUGUUAUACUUGUACGUAAUUACGAUAAAAGAAUUUAAGUAUAACUGUGCAAUAACAACUGUAAAUUGGUGAUUUACCUCAAAAUUUCGGCCAAUUGUUAAAAAUUUAAUAUGUUUUCGUACAAAUAUAGAUAUAAUUUUUUACCCAAUAUAUCAAGACAAUUUGAGAUUCCAUUGCAAUAAGUAUUU